UCUCGGUGCCACAGGCUAAGCUCUUCCUGGUUCUCACUCCCGGCUUGCAGCCUUUGGACUCUGCGGGCUUUUUCCAGUGCUCUUUCGCUUGUUUUGCGGAUGGGGGUCGGCCGAUUUUGGGGGUGGACCCCGAUCACCAAAAGACAAAGGAGGUGCAGGCUGAACGGCGCCCCUGUUCGCUGCAGGGUCGUCUUCUCCAUCCUGCUCGUCCUGUGUCUGCUUCUAGGGAUUUGUGCAGCAAAUGAUUCGAAACCAAACAUCCUCUUGAUAAUGGCAGAUGACCUUGGCAUUGGGGAUGUAGGUUGUUAUGGCAAUGACACACUAAGAACCCCCAAUAUUGAUCGCCUGGCAAAGGAAGGAAUAAAACUUUUGCAGCACUUAGCGGCUGCUCCUUUGUGUACUCCCAGCAGAGCUGCUUUCCUGACUGGUAGACAUGCCUUCAGAUCAGGAAUGUAUGCCACUAACGGAUAUCGUGCACUUCAGUGGAAUGGAGGUUCAGGAGGACUUCCUGUAAAUGAAACAACAUUUGCGAAAAUACUACAGCAGCAAGGAUAUACAACGGGACUUAUAGGAAAAUGGCACCAAGGAGUGAACUGUGAAUUCCGAACUGAUCAUUGCCACCAUCCGUUAAGCCAUGGAUUUGAUUAUUUUUAUGGCAUGCCUUUCACACUUAUAAAUGACUGUCAAAUAAACAAACCUCCAGAAGUAGAUGCUGCCUUUAGAGCUAAACUUUGGGUUUACACCCAGGUAGUUGUCCUUGGGAUGCUAACACUUAUCACUGGCAAACUUACUGGCUUAAUCUCAGUAUCCUGGAAAAUACUGAUAUGCCUGAUUACCCUUAGUUUUCUGUUUUUCAUUUCCUGGUACUCCAGUUUUGGAUUUAUAAGGUAUUGGAACUGUAUCCUGAUGAGAAACUAUGAAAUUACUCAACAACCAAUGGUUUUAGAGAGAACAGCAACUCUUAUGCUAAAGGAAGCAAUUUCAUUUAUUGCCAGAAACAAGCAUAGGCCAUUUCUCCUCUUUGUUUCUUUGCUGCACGUCCAUAUUCCCCUUGUUACCACAAAACAGUUCCUUGGGAAAAGCAAACAUGGCUUAUAUGGAGACAAUGUAGAAGAGAUGGACUGGAUAGUGGGUAAAAUUCUUAAUGCUAUUGAAAAAGAAGGCUUGAAAAACACAACAUUCAUUUACUUCACUUCAGACCAUGGAGGACAUUUGGAGGCUAAAGAAGGAAAUGUUCAGCUUGGUGGAUCAAAUGGAAUAUACAAAGGAGGCAAAGGCAUGGGAGGCUGGGAAGGUGGGAUUCGUGUCCCAGGAAUAUUUCGAUGGCCUGGGGUGUUGCCAGCAGGUCAAGUGAUUGAUGAGCCUACAAGUCUGAUGGAUAUCUACCCAACUGUAGUUCAUCUAGGAGGUGGUAAAAUGCCCCAUGACAGGGUGAUUGAUGGCCACGACCUGAUACCUUUGUUGCAAGGAACUGUUAAGCACUCCGAACACCAUUUCCUAUUUCACUACUGUGGGAUACACUUACAUGCAGCCCGGUGGCACCAAAAGGACAGUAACAAAGUCUGGAAGGUCCAUUAUAUAACUCCAAAUUUUCAUCCAGAGGGAGCUGGAGCUUGCUAUGGGAGAGGAGUUUGUCCAUGUUCUGGGGAACAUGUAACUUACCAUGACCCUCCUUUGCUAUUUGAUCUCUCAAGGGAUCCCUCUGAGACCAGCCCUCUUUCACCUGCUACUGAGCCCUUCUAUCAUACUGUGAUUGAGAGACUAACAGAGGCAAUAAUGGAGCAUCAGAAAACAUUUCAUCCUGUUUCCCAACAAUUCUCUGUGAACAAUAUCGUGUGGAAACCAUGGCUCCAGCCAUGUUGUGGUACAUUCCCAUUUUGUUCAUGUGACAAGGAAGGUGACAAUGAACACAUUGCACUCUAGAUAUUUAAGAACAAUUAGAGUGCUGUGAGUUUCAGAAAUUUUAAUUUAAGGUAAUUUUACUUAAAAUGUCAGGGAAAUCAAGUCAUUUUUUACAGGAGCAUAGAAUGUUAGGACACGAUGAUUACUGAAUAUAUAUCAUGCACAAAAUAUUGGAAUAAGUAUAAUAGAGGAUUAUAUAGAAAUGGAAUAUAUGAUCUCUAUGUUAAUAGUCUCAUAAUGUCAAUUAAAGCAGUCUUUACCAAGUUAGGAAAUACCAUGUGCUUCUACA